AAGAAGCGGGUACCCAUGGGGGCCAUGACUUUCUCCACCGUCUCAACCGGUUACCAGUUAUAUUUCCCCUUCCUCUAUAUAAAUGACCUUCCCUUCUUUCUCGUCUCUACGAUCCUGCUUGAUUCAAUGGCGGAUCGGGUAAAAGGUCCGUGGAGCCAAGAAGAAGACGAGCAGCUAAGGAGGAUGGUAGAGCAUUACGGACCGAGAAACUGGUCGGAGGUUAGCAAAUCUGUUCCAGGUCGAUCCGGUAAAUCUUGUCGGCUACGGUGGUGCAAUCAGUUAUCUCCGGACGUUGAGCAUCGACCGUUCUCGUCUGACGAAGACAAGACAAUUGUCUCUGCCCGCGCUACGUUCGGUAAUAAAUGGGCCACGAUCGCUCGUCUUCUCAACGGCCGUACGGAUAACGCCGUGAAAAACCACUGGAACUCGACGCUCAAGAGGAAAUGCUUAGGCGGCGGUGGAGAUGGUAAUCUCAUUGUGAUGAGGACGGAGGAGGAUCGGCGGAAGAAGAGGAGAUCGGUGAGCUCUGAGUCUGCUACUCCGGUGGACACUGGGUUGUACAUGAGCCCGGAGAGUCCCACCGGAAUCCCAUCUCCGCCGUCUCCGGUUGAUGCUCAGCUUUUAAAACCAAUGGCGAUGCCGUCACCGGUGGAAAUGUCUUCGGUGGAGGAGGAUCCGACAGCGUCAUUGAGCCUGUCACUGUCACUUCCUGGUCCUGAUGUCAGACAGGAGUUGAAGAACGCGGGUUCGAGACACAACUCGUUGCUGUUUCCCCGGUUUGGGAGUCAAAUGAAAAUUAAUGUUGAGGAGAGAGGAGAAGCACGUGUUGGACAUAAAGCUGAGUUUUUGACGGUGGUGCAAGAGAUGAUUAAGGUGGAAGUGAGGAGUUAUAUGGCGGAGAUGCAAAAAAAUAGCGGUGGUGGCGGUGGUGAAUUCAUCGUCAGUGGUUUUUAUGAUGCCGGCAACGGCGGUUUCAGGGAUAGUGGGAUGAUAAUACCGAAGGUCGAGUAGUUUUGUCAUGUGAGCCAGUUAGUAGAUCGAAUCGAUUUGGGAAUUCAAGAUAAAUUCAUUUUUUUUGGGUUUUGGUGAGAUGAAAAAUUGUACGGAGGGAUAGAAUUGGACGAUAUAAGAGCAUCUUUAAGUCCAUUCUAUUUUUUAAAUAUAGAGUAACUUAUUUA